AUGUAAAUUUAAUCUAAGGAGGAUCUGUUUCAUUAGCAAUAGCUAUAUCAGAGGUCUUACAAAACUCAUAAUGGCUUUAAGAUUCAACUACUAAAUAAAAGACUAGAAAAUCUUAGAAAACCCUCACCUGAACCAGAGAAAAAGCAAUUGUACAUUAAUAAACUUAGUGACUAGUAGAUAUAAAAGAUCUUGAAUUUGACAAAUAUAAGACAACCUCAUCUUAAUAACCUCUAUAAUAAUAAUGACAUCAUUCACAACAUAAAUCCACUUGAGAAUAUAGACGAAAACGCUAUUAAUGAAAGAGAUGACGUUGAAUUAGGAUUCAGUAAUACAAUUAUUCAAAUUCAUCCAACUCUGAAGCAUUCAGGAAGUCGUUACACCAAAGUCUAGAAAAAUAAAAUAGCCUCUCCCCCUUGCAGGUAUUUAUCCAAUCUGAGAAACAAAUAAAAACUUAGACUAAAUGAAGACUCUGCUAGUAUCCUAAAAACACAUAUUUAUCAGAAUAAUACAUCAAAGCACGCUUAAAGUAAGAGCUUUAUGCCUAUUAGGGAAAUGCUGUAGAAUAUUGAAAAUACUAGCAGAACCUAAGGAGAGCUCAAUGAAAUAAUGUUGAAUUAAUAAUCAACAGUUCUUUUAUCACCAAAAGGUCAAAAUGAUUCGAAAGAAAAGCAAUUUUCACCUAGAGAAUUUUCAUCUAAUAUCAAACUUUUAUCAAAGGAUAAUUCUUAAUCGUUUACAUAAUCAAGAGAUGUAUUGGAAAAACCAAUACAAUUCUAUCAACGAGAGAUAAAGAAAAAUAGCUUAAAACCUAAGAGAUACUCUUCAAACCCAAAUGCAGCUAAGAAAAUUAAUAAAACUCUCCUAUAAAACAUAUAAUUAGAUCAAGAUUCAACACUCUAAUCAACGGAUGAUCUAUAGUAAAGGCAAAAUAGUCUUAAUUAGAAUUUACCAUCUAUUUAGGUAAAAGAAAGAUAUGUAAAUUUUGACUCAAAUCAUAUGAUCAAAGCCAAACUUAGGAUUAAAAAAUAAUCUGAAAAAGAAAAGGAAAUGUUAGUUGACUCUUUUAUCAAUGCCUCUAAUUUGCCAUAGGUCUCUAAUACUAGGACUAAUGCAAUUAAAUUCAUCUCAAAUCAGAAGUUUAAAAUUCACAUGCAAAAUCAGCUUCAAAAUCAUAAUUAAAUUCCAUAACAGUUUUAGUAAAAUUAACAGUAAAAAUAAGAACUUGUUCCUAAGAUAAGUUAGGCUAAGAAAACUAUUGUAAGAUACGAAAGAUUAAAUGAUACACAGAAGGAGUUCAACCAAAGUGUUUAAAUAACAGACGACUAGUCUCAGUUUAAUAAUUGA